GCUCAAAUGGUUGGGAAAUUAUGCCUUGUUGAUGAACUUGACUUAUUCGUCAUUUUAAUAUGCUCCUCUUAUGAGAUUGUAUGAUAUCAAAUUGGUUCUCAACUCAAUAGUGUGAUUUCCAGUGAGGCAGUGAUUUGUUUUGCCUUUGGAUUUUACAGGAUCAGAUUUAUUUUGGUUACUUUGACGUGGGUGAGGCACAGUGUAUAAAUGAAUUGAACUAUACACUCAAGCUACAUACUUUCCAACUUUUUAUUUAGGUUUGAUUAGUGGACACCAAUUUCUUUCUGUUGCCGCAUUUUGUUGGUCUAGUCCUGCACACAAGAUACAAUAUAUCAAUCUGCUCAUCGAAUGAGUUUGAUGAAAUUGCCCUGAUGCCUUAAUUUUUUCUUAAUAGAAAGCCUAGUUAAUUUGUUUCCAACAAGUGCAACUUUAUAUGAUUUGGAAGUAGUUAGAGUUAGUUGUGUUCAAAACUUGAUUUGGGUGCACUUUUCCUUUUUCCUUAAGGGGGUGGCCUGUGUAGAAUAAUGUUGUAUUCAAGCUAACCAGUAUCAAGUCCUUGAAAGUAGAAAGACAUAACACUUUUCCUUUCCCUUUCAAAAUAUCAAUGUGUAGAAUAGACCUUGUAUUCAAGCUAAAUGCCAUCUCCUCUUGAGUCCUUAAAAGUGGAAAGCGGUAAGUGGUGGCGGCAUGCGGAAUCAGUUCUGUCUAGCCAACCCUAAGAUGAGAUGAUGAUCUGUUCUUUUGAGUGCCAUGGAUUCAUUUAUCCCACUAAAAAAAAUAAUAGUGCAUGUGUUGGAAUGCAUUUUACUCUUCCAGAAACCUAGAGGGAAUUAGGGAUCCUCUCAACCUAAUCCUUCUAAGGAUGCGGUUGUGUUUCGUGUGGAAUUACUCGUGUGUGUUCCCUCUUUUACAUGGAUAAUUAUUAUGGUCAAGGAAUAUUGUCUAUGAUAGAGACAGAUAUUUAACCUAAUCCUUCUAAGGAUGCCAUUGUGUUUCUUGUGGAAUUACUCUUGUGUGCGUUCCCUCUUUUACUUGUAUAAUUAUUAUGGUCAAUGAAUAUUGUCUAUGAUAGAGACAGAUAUUUAACUCUGUUAGACCAGAAGUUAUCUGAGCUGAGAAACAAAUGAAGCUUAUCGAUCAGUUUUGAUGGAGUUAGGGUGAGCCAAACUAUUCUGAUCUCUAGUGCUCUGAUGCCAUGGAUCAAAAGCCCAGCUAUCUGGUGUGAGGGAAGCUGGAACCAAAUCAUAUCAUCUAUAACAUAGUUACAAUUGUUGUCUUACAAGAUAGCUGAUAAGGAAAGAUUACAAAUGAAAAGAUAGUGUACUGACUAGGUUGGGAAACUGUAUAUUGGAAACAGAUCUAAUGCAAUUCUCUAUUGAAGCCCUUGGUUCCUAUUGAUAUAAGAAACUAAGGCUUGGUUAUUCUCUUGAAAUGAACUGAUGUGGCAAUCACCAUUAAAUGACUUCGUGUCUAACAAAGUAGAAACUCUACCUCUAUCAGUCUAAUGAAACCCAAAGUCCUUAAGGUCAUUAUCCUCAACUGCUAGUUGCUGUGCUAAUCUUUCUUCUCACUCUCUCUCUAUUCCUGGAGUUCUUGCUUUCUGUUUCUUCCCAGUUUAUAUUCACCAUCACACUUUCAGCACUCCUUUCUACACUUCAUAUUUCACAGGACUUUCUAGAUGCAAAUUAUAAAUGGCUGGUAGUUGCCUGGUAAUGCUACAAUUUAAGUGAAUUUAAUGCACAAAGAAGGAUAUCAUAUCUGCUCGGUGGCUGGUAUUUCUCUUGUAUAUUAGCCUAUUAGUGUCAUAAACCAUUUCUUAUCUAGAAAGUGGGAGGAGUACUGAAACACUUUUUUUUUUCUCUUAUAUUUCCAUUUGUUCGAGUUAGGGCACAUGAGGAUCCAAUUAUAAUUCUCAACUCUGCCGAUUCUGGUUAUAUCCGAGGCCCAUAUUCUGUUAUACCUAAUUCCAUAUUCUGCCUGUAACAUGGCCAUCUACCUACUCAUCUAAAGCCCAUAUUCUGUUCCCAUAAUGUGGCCAGCGACCUACAGCAUUGGUGGAGAUUUCUAGCAGAUUUCGUGGGCCCCAUGUUGAUGCCUUGCUUGGAGGAUAUCUAUUUCCUCCCAACCAUUGUUAUAGUUUCUCUUUUUAUAGUAGAUUUAGUUGCUGGUCAUAGUAGCUUCUAUUUUGGUUGUCUCUUUACUUUUUGUGUUAUAGAAAUUAGAUCUUCUAGAGAGUUGCUAUUUUAUUAUGUCAUACACUACUUGGUAGCUAGGACUUACUAUUCUUGUACUGCAUGCUUUUAAUUUUGUAAAAUACAAGAGAAAGGAGACCUUCCCAACGAUUUUGGCAAAAGAGUAUGUUUGAGUCUUCUUCUUCAGGAGGCAGUAGCUCCUGUGGUGAAGCAGUGGUGACCAAGGUGGUUAUUCCUUGGCUGGUGGGUGGUGAAGCCUGCUGCAGGCUAGUGGUGGGAAGCUUUGGUCAAAUCCAUUCAUUCCCCUCCUCUUCUCAAUUUUCCAGCGGAUUAAACAAUUCUUGCAUGGGUGUUAGAGGUGAUUUGAAACUCAGUCUUUGGAGGUUGGAGUACUUACUUGAAUCCUUUCUUUCUAAGUGCUGUUAUCUCAGUUAUUGCUUGCCUUUGUUCUGUUUAAGGUUUACUUCUGUUGCAGCACCUGUGACUACAGUAUUCCCUUGUCAGUUUCUGUUUUUGGACCUUUCAAUCUCAGCAAUGCUGCCAUCAGAUAUGGCUCAAGUGUUGAUAACUUGUUCUCUCCUAUCAGUACUUCAUUCAACAAGAAUUAGAGGCCUGUCUGAUUGGUUAAUCUUAAUCCACUGCUGUUUCAUUCUAGUUACUCAUUUCUGGUUUCAUAGUUGCUAAUUUCUGUUCUAGUCAAUGUCUGCAGAUCCAUCUGUUGGAUCAUUCUCAGUUUUGGAGCAUCUAUCCUACAGUAUAAAAGAUUUGAAAUGUGAUAGGGAAUGCAGUAGAGGUGAGGAUUACCGCUUGCUCAAGCUCAAUAUCAUUGAUUACUCUAGGAAGAGAGAACAAAUGGUUGUAGUGGAAUGCAGAGGGCACGAUGCUGCUCGAUUCCAAAAUGUUGAUCAUGCCCAUGGUUGGGAGAAAGAUGUUGUAGGCAUGGUUGAAGAGAAACAUGGCAAAACCAAGAUUACUGUUUCUUUUGAGUGUGAAACUCUGAAAGCUGAUAAAGCAGCGCAAGACCAUAUCAAGAAGUUCAUGCCCAAUUUGGUUGGACAAGAUGCUAUAGUUAAUGUUGGACAGAUGAGCAUUGCAGGCUUUGAUGUUGAAACAGAAGAUGAACUUGAAGGAACACAGAAUUGAUGGUAAAGCUUGUAUUUGUACUUAUACUUGAUACACAAUUUGGAUGUGGACUAGUUUUCUGUUUUCCUCCCCCCUUCACCUAUGCUUAAUGGUUUCCUGUGUAAAUUAAUUUGCUUAUAUGUUCAUGACACGUUUCUAAUUUUUCAUUUUCUCUGCCUUGGCUUCAUUGAGGGUACAAUAUAGACACACUCAUUGAACUUGAUCAUAUGAAUUACUUAGGCUGUGUUAGUUUGA